AUGUCGGACGAUGAGCUACUGGCCAUUCUGCGGGUGAACCUUCGAAAUGCUGCCUCAACGUUCGGCAAAGGCACGCCGCCCUAUGAGAGUAUACGAACGGUCAUCGAGGAGCAUCUUAAACACUCGACCUUCAGAGGUGCAAUAUCCAACGAGCUAUGUGCUUCUCGUCACCCGGCAGCUCCACGAACCCAGGCCGACAGACAGGUCGCUCAGCCUUCCAAUACCACCUACACGCUGGCGUAUCGUUCAAAGCCGGCGUCCUAG